GAAUUUUUAUGUGAGAAAGGCAUUGGCUUUGUUCGCAUUGAUGGAAAAACGCUUGCCAAAGAUAGACAGUUGGCCGUGCAGUUGUUUCGAUCAUCAAAUGAGAUAAAGAUAGCAAUUAUUGGUAUAACUGCUGGCGGUGUUGGACUUGAUUUUUCAUCAGCACAAAAUGUAGUGUUCUUGGAGUUGCCUCAAACUCCUUCAAUUAUGCUUCAGGCUGAGGAUAGAGCUCACAGGCGAGGACAAACAAAAGCCGUCAACAUUUAUAUCUUCUGUGCAAAGGAUACAACAGAUGAGUCGCAUUGGAAAAACUUGAACAGGAGACUGCACCAUGUUUCAUCCACAACGAAUGGAAAAUAUGAUGCUGUACAUGAAAUAGCAGUUGAAGGUGUCUCGUAUCUAGAACCAACCAAGGAAAGUUGUCAUAAUCAAGUCUUACAAAAAACAGAAUCUGGUCUGCAUUCUGCAGAAUUGGAGUUGCAUUCCUCUCGUCUACCGCAGGAUUUGCAACUUUCUGAAGCAGUUCAUGAGGAAGCUCCUGAAAUGAAUGACAGAUAUGAAGAAAGGAGUGUAUCUGAUGACAGUUCAGCCCAGGCUGAUGUUCUUCAUUUCAAGGCAGAGCUAGUUCCAGAGCUGGAAGUGGCCAAACUUCAUCCUUCAAUUGAAAUUGUGGCAAAUCUUAUGAUGUGGGUUAGACCUCAGGCACAGAUGCUCAUAAUAAGCCAAAUGACAAUGCGAAGAGAAUUAUCAAAUUGGAAAAGUACAAUACAGGAGCAUGUCAUUGAUCCUCAAACAAUCAAAAUUGAUGGUAACUCAGUUCAACAUAUUGAAGCUGAUUGUUGCUCUAAUAAAGUAGAUUGGCUGCGGUUUGAGGUCAGCCAGUAUACUGGAAGAAUCCAUUUAUAUUCCUGCAUCUCAGGAAGAGACUCAAGACCAAAACCGCUUUUCGAAAAUUUCCGUCCAGAGGACCUUGAAUCAGAAAAUUUCCCUUCAGCCAUCAAUAAGGACACAGUCUCGGAAUCUGUCAAAGACAACCCAGCAUAUAGGCAUGCUCUUCUGGAAUUUGUCAAUGAGUGGAACAAGCUAAGGCCUAUUGAACAAAAGAAACUAUUUGGAAAACCUUUGCAACUACCUUUGUCUGUUGAGCUAUGCUACUUGAGUGAAAAUAUUAGCCACAACAAAGGGGGACUGCUGAAGGGUGGAAGCAAACGGAGAAGUACACCCUUGUAUGAGAUUAGUCUUCCUUUACCAUCAGAUGCUGUGUGGAAAAAAGUCCAUAUUCGUAGUGGCCACAAAAAGAUGGAGAAAGAAUACACUCAGGGCUGGACACUGAAAGACGAACCACUCUGCAAGCUUUGCCAAAAACCCUGCACGGGCAGAAGUGCCAAAGAACCAGAAUAUUUUGAGGAUCUUUUUUGUAAUCUUGGCUGCUUUGAAGAGUACCGCAUAAGAACAAGCAAUGGAUUCCUCCGUCAGCAACUUUUUCAAAUAGAACAUGGCAUCUGCACAAAUUGCCAGUUGGAUUGUCAUCAACUUGUGAAGCGCUUAAAACCUUUAUUGCUGGAGAAACGACUGAAAUACAUUGAGCAAGUUGCACCAAAAUUGGCCAGCCGGAAAACCUUGCUCAACAAACUUGUCAAUGAUCCAACUGAGGGGAAUGCAUGGCAUGCAGAUCACAUCAUUCCUGUAUACCGAGGUGGAGGUGAGUGCAUGCUAGAAAACAUGAGGACUUUGUGCGUAGCCUGCCAUUCAGAUGUUACUAUGGCACAGCGUGCUGAACGUCAGGCAACAAGGAUCAAAGCAAGGAAACGACUUAAAGUUAUGUUGAAUAAUUCGGAUAAUCUUGGAAAUACAGAAGAAAGCAUCACUCAAGUGCAGGAUAAGGAGUGUUCAGAAAUGCUGGAGAAAUUUGAGGAGGAACUUUUAGUUGCAGUUCCUGGAAGUGCUUAUGCUGUUUCUCAUAACUUGGAUGUAUCCUCUAAAAGCUGAACAGAGAGAUGAGUCAAGAUGACUUUUCCUUCAGUAUGGUAAUGCAACUUCCCCUGUCCCUGCUGUGUUCUUAAGCAUCGGUACCAUAUUUUGUGAGAGAUUUUUUGUAACUGGGAAAACAAUCUGCCAAUUCAAUGCCAAUUCAAUUUUUUAUUUUUAU